AUGGAGUUGCCUGUGCCGAAGAAGCACCCUCUGAAGCCGACGAUCCAGUGUAUCAACGACUGGUGCGGGAGGGAGAUCCCUUACAACGAGGAAGACAAGCACAUGAUGGCGUGCCCGCACGGCUCUUGCUUCUACACGCACCCCGGCUGCGAAUUCUCCGAUUCGAAGGUACCGUUCAUCCUACACCUCAGAGAAGCCCACUUGACCGCUGUGGAUAGGUUCCCGUACGACGAGGACUUCGGAUUUGUUCAUCUGAAGGUGCCGGCACCGGGCUCGCCAAAACGACAGCUCAUCGGCUACGGGACGGAUGGCGCAGUGUUCGCCUUGCACAUCCACCCUUGCGGCAUGGACACCGCGGUAUCCUUCAUGUGCGUCAGGCCGGCGGUGUGCAACUUGCCCAGGUGGACCCAGAAUUAUUUUGAAGCCUGGGCACAGAACAAACUGCAGUCAGAUUCUAAGGAAAAGGCAAGAAACGAGGCCAUAUUUUCCCAAGGGAACCAACACUUAAGCCCGGGCAAGUGCCCAGGCAAGAGGGAUGCUGGGUCCGUCCAUGCUCUGGAUCCUUCACUGUCAUACGACUACUAA